AAAUCCCCAUCUUCCACAUCCUCAAUGCCCGCAUCACCUUUGGCAACCUGAACGGCUGCGACGAGCCGGUGGUCUCUCUCCGCACUACGGGCAGCCCCGGCAGCGAUGCCCCUUCGCCCGGGAGUGACCGGUCCAGCAUUAGCAGCUCAAGCUCCCUCGGCUCCUGCCGCUGCUUUGAGAUGGACCCCUCUCUCUUCGAAGCCCCCCAGGGCUACAGCAUCGUCGGGAGGCACCCAGAGCCAUUGCGAGAGGACGAAGACGACCUUCUGCAGUUUGCCAUUCAGCAGAGCUUGUUGGAGGCGGGCAGCGAAUACGACCAGGUGACUAUUUGGGAAGCGUUAACCAACAGCAAACCAGGUACGCUGCCAGUGUCCCAGGAAGGGCGCAGAGUCAACAGGACACCCCAGCACACGCCACCCCCGCGGCCUGCCACCCCGCAGCCGCCGCCCCCCGCAGCAGGCCGUGGGCCCGGCCACGGCCUGCCCACCUACGCCGAGCAGCUGCGCCUGGCCAUGGCGCUCUCCGCCAAAGAGCAAGAAGAGGCCGAACGCCGUUUGCGCCUGGAGCAGGAAGAGCUCGAACGGAUCCUGCGCCUCUCCCUCACCGAACAAUAGGAUCUCUCUCUCUCUCUCCUCCCCCCCCCUACUCCGAGGGUCUUGGGGGGGGGCCACGCACACACAGCCCCGGCCAGUCCCCUGAGGGGGGCGGGGGAGGGCACCAGCCAGCGCUUAACAAGACUGUGCCUUCCCCAGUUUGAGCUCAGCUCAUGCACAAAGCUGAGUAGCCCC